UUCUCAGAGUAUUGCAAGCGAUCAACAUUAUUUGCAACUGUAGAAGAUGGCUAAUAAGUGAUUAUAGUUAGUGAAAGUUUCUUCAAGCUGAAAGAGUACAUAAAAUGGCCUCGGCGUUAGAAAAUCUUGAAACUCAGUUAGAAUUGUUCAUUGAAAACGUGAGGCAAAUACGUAUAAUAGUUAGUGAUUUUCAACCAACCGGCCAAAGCGUUUUAAACCAAAAAAUCCAAGGAAUUGUGACUGGUUUGCAAGAAGUUGAUAAACUCAAGACCCAAGUGCAAGAUGUUCAUGUGCCGUUAGAAGUUUUCGAUUACAUUGAUCAAGGAAAAAAUCCCCAGCUGUAUACAAAGGACUGUAUGGAUAAAGCUCUUACCCAAAAUGAACAAGUUAAGGGAAAAAUUGAUGCUUACAGAAAAUUUAAAGCAAAUAUGCUUGUGGAACUGAACAGAGUGUUUCCUAAUGAAUUAGCCAAGUAUCGAGCCAUUCGAGGCGAUGAAUAAUGUAAUAUGAUUUUUUAUUUGAAGUAUUAUUAGUUUUGGUUUAAGGUUAAAUACUUGAGUUUAUACUAUGUACGUUUUGUGUCUUGUAAAGUGAUACACAUACAUACUUAUGAAAUAAACAUUUGUAUCCAAUUAAUUUAAUUUAUGAAGAUUGCUAUACAAAAUUCUAUAGUUUUGUUCAUUAAAAUGUGAUAUUCCAUUACUGUGCAUCAACAAGACUUCAAAACUAACAGUGCAUGGGUGUAAUGUAUGUAUGUUUUGAUACUAUUAUAAUAUCUUGUAAACGAUAAAUCUAACAACUAAAAAAAAUUAAAAUAACUAACUGUAUAUUACUUGUAUGG